AUGCCGUUCGGAUUCUACCUCGUGUGCGACGCGGGCCUCGGCGUCGACAUCGCGCCCUACUGCUACAUCGCGGUCGUCGUCAUGCUCGUCCUUACGGCCACUAUUGUGUAUAUCGAGUGCUUUCUCGCGCUCUUUCUCGCCAAAGACCCGCCCGACGAGCCCGCCGCGCCGUACCCGCCCGCGUCCGCGAUUAUCGCGGCGUAUCUGCCGAACGAGGCGGACACGAUUCUGGAGACUAUCGAGGCGUUUUCUUCAAGUCGAGUAUCCCGGGCCGCUGCAGGUGAGCCACGCGGCAGCCUCUACCAAGCACGACUCCUAUCAACCUCCCAUUCCUCUCUUCAUCCCCUCCCUCUCUCCCUCCCGCUCGCCCGCCCCCCCCUCCCCCUCCCCCUCCCCCUCCCCCUCCCCCUCCCCCUCCCCCUCCUCCUUCCCCUCCCCCCCCUCUCCUCCUUCCCCUCCCCCUCCCCCUCCCCCUCCCCCUCCCCCUCCCCCUCCCCCUCCCCCUCCCCCUCCCCCUCCCCCCCCCCCCCCCCCCCCCCCCCCCCUCCCCCUCCCCCUCCCCCUUCCCCUCCCUCUCCUCCUCCCCCUCCCCGUCCCACUCCCCUUCCCCCUUCCGCCUUCCCCCUCUCCUCCUUCCUCCCUCCACCUCCCCCACAAGGUCAUUCUGGCAGCGCACAACGCGCAGAACGACAUGUACCGCCACGCUCCUUUCCCCUCCAUGUUCCCCUCAUCUUUUCCCCCUUCCCCUCCCAUCUCUCCCCAUCUCCCCUCAAUCCCUCCCUUCCCCUCCUCUUCCCUCCACUUCCCCCUCCCCUCCCCUCCAAUUCCCCCUCCCCCUUCCCGGAAGGUCGUCCUGGCGCACAACACGCCGCGCGACAUACCAAAGUCGAACCACUCUCUGUCCUGCUCCCACACUCCCCGCUUCCGCCCCUUCCCCGUCCGCCUCCCUCUCUCCAUCCCCUUCCCCCUCCCCCUCCCCCGAAGGUCAUCCUGGCGUACAACACGCCGCGCGACAUGCCCGAGAUGGAGACAAUCCUCGCGGAGAUGGCGCGGCAGCGCCCGGACCGCUUCCUGGCGUACCGCGUGGUGCACUCGCGCUCCAAGGCCGAGAACGUGAACGCGGCGACGAAGCUCGUGCGCGGCGAGUUCGUGGGCGUGUUCGACGCCGACCACUGCCCCAACCCGGACUCGUUCAUGCGCGCGUGGCGCUGGCUCAGCCACGGCUACGACAUAGUCCAAGGCCACUGCCUCGUGCGCAACGGCGACGACAACUGGGUCGCGCAGGCCGUCGCGGUGGAGUUUGAAACGAUCUACGCCGUCGGUCAUCCGGGAUCGGAGAUAAUCCACGGGUUCGGGUUCUUCGGCGGAUCGAACGGGUUCUGGCGAUCGGGGCUACUAGCGCAGAUCGGCAUGGACGGGUCCAUGCUCACGGAGGAUAUAGACUCGUCUAUACGCGUGCUUCUCGCGGGCGGGAGAAUCAAAUCCGAUCCGGGGCUGAUGUCUUCCGAGCUCGCGACGACGACGCUGAAGCAGAUCUGGAAUCAGAGACUGCGGUGGGCUCAAGGGUGGUUCCAGGUCUCCAUGCGGCAUUUCUUCUCUGCCAUGGCUUGCCGGAAUUUAUCGGCCUUCCAACGGUUAGGGUUGUUUCAUUUGUUCAUCUGGCGGGAGAUCUACCCGUGGAUCUCGAUGCAGAUCCUGCCGUUGCUGGCGUUCAUCUGCUACAAAUCCAACGGCUUCGGCGGGAUCAACUGGCUGGACGUGGUUUACAUCUGUACGACGAUUUUCACGUUUCUCUGCGGGCCCGUGCAGCUGCUGUUCGCGUUUCUGAAAGGCAGCCGCACGGUGCGGAAGCACGGCAACUGGUGGCUGCUGUACUUAGUGUUCGCGACGCUGUUCUACACGGAGUUUAAGAACGUGAUCGCGCGCGUCGCGCAUGUUAAGGAGUUCAUGGGGGAGAAGGCGUGGAUGGUCACGCCGCGCAUGGUGUCCACGCACCGCCAGGCGCUGGCGGAGCAGCGCAAGCGGGAGUUGCGCGUGAUGGGAGAGGAGGAGGUGGAGGGAGGAGAAAGAGACGGCAACGACGACGACGACGACGACGACGACGACGGCGACGACGACGAUGAUGACGAUGACGACAACGACGAUGACGGUGACGUCGAUGCACUGCAUUGCACCACCCCUGCUGCGUUUGACUGCAGCACAGCAGAGCAUGACGAGCUCUUCGAUCAAUCCCGAUUAAUAAAUCACUUGGAGCAAGGCCAUGCGUGA